UAAUGAAGGGGAACGCUGUCUUUUCAUUGUAGUAGAGUGAAAGCGGAAAACUCUCAUGAUCUACUCCUACAGUUUUGUUCUAUCGGCUUCCCAAUCUCUCCAGCUUUUGGAUGCUGGAUCAAAAUAAGCAAGCGUAGACUCGCGCAAUGUAUGUCAAGAACCUGGUUUUUGUUCUGUGUCUUAUUGUUUCAGGCAUUGGGCUUACCACUGCCCAAACUUGUCUUGAAACCGGCAACUUCACCACUAAUAGUACAUACGGUAGAAACCGUGAUCUCAUCCUCACUUCUCUCCCAACUAAUGUCUUGGAAAAAGGUGGUUUCUUCAAUGCCACCAUUGGCCAAGAACCCAAUAAAGUUUACGCUCAAGCACUUUGCAGAGGGGACUUAUCUGCAGAAGAUUGUCUUACCUAUGUCAAUUUUACAGCCCAACAACUUAUAACAAACUGUACAAACCAGAAGGAAGGAUUUUCAUGGGAUGGUGAUAUUCCAUGCUUAGUGCGCUAUUCAAACCAAUCCUUUUUUGGGGUUCUGGCACUGGAUCCGAUACAAGAGGCAAUUAACCCGAAUGACAUUAAUGACGCCGCAUCGAAUAUAACACAAUUUUUUCAGGUUUGGGGUGAAUUAAUGGAAGCCGUCGCUACAAAAGCUUCCAUGGGUUCUUCAAGGCUCAAGUAUGCAACUGGGGUGGCUGAUGAGAUACAGGCACUAAUGCAGUGCACUCCAGAUUUGUCCCAGAGUGAUUGCUUAACUUGUCUAAGGACAUUGGUCCGCCGGUACACAGCAUGUUGCCGCACUUAUCAAGGAGGUUAUGUCGAGACACCGAGCUGCCGUAUGCGUUGGGAUUUGUAUACCUUCUUUGCACCUACUACUGACACUGUGCGCAUAUCUCUUUCGCCUCCACCUAGUAACUCUCCUCCAGAUUCAACUAAGAAUACAACAGCAACAAUAAAAGAAAAUGGAGGUAAUCAAUCUCGAACUAUUGUGAUUAUUGUUGUUCCAAUCAUUAUUUUCAUCGCAAUGGUCGUCCUCAUUUGCGUUCUUCUACGAAAGAGGAGAAAGUCAAAGAGACAGAUGAAAACCACAGGCGAUGAUGACGGCUUGGAAUCAUUACAAUUUGACUUCAAAGCGGUAAGAGAGGCAACAGACAAUUUCUCCGAGAGUAACAUGCUCGGACAAGGUGGAUUUGGUGCUGUUUAUAAGGGUAGGCUUCAGGACGGACGAGAGAUAGCUGUAAAGAGGCUACAUUAUGAAUCUGGACAAGGAAAAAUGGAAUUUAAAAAUGAAGUUCUGUUAAUGGCAGGGCUUCAGCACAGGAAUUUGGUUAGGCUCCAAGGCUUUUGCUUGGAAAGAAGAGAAAGGCUUCUUAUAUUUGAGUUUAUGCCAAACUCAAGCCUGGACCAGUUCCUAUUCGAUCCAGUCAAACCACGAUUAGAUUGGGACAGAAGAUUCAAAAUCAUAGCAGGAAUUGCUCGGGGAUUACUUUACCUUCAUGAAGAUUCUCAAUAUCGAAUCAUUCAUCGUGACCUGAAGGCUGCAAAUAUUCUGUUAGAUGCAGAGAUGAAUCCUAAAAUUUCUGAUUUUGGAAUGGCAAGAUUGUUUGCAGCGGAUCAAACUAGAGACAGGACAAGAAGAGUAGCAGGAACUUUUGGAUAUAUGGCUCCCGAAUACGUAAAGCAUGGAAAAUUUUCACUCGAGUCUGAUGUUUAUAGCUUUGGUGUGUUGAUCCUGGAAAUCAUUUGUGGUGACAAAAUCUGCAAUUUUCGUAAGGAUGGUGUGGAUCUUCUAACCUAUGCUUGGAGAAAUUGGAGGGAAGGGAGAGCUUUAAAUCUAGUGGAACCUUUUUUGAGGGAUGGUUCUGGCUCAAGAAGUGAAAUGACAAGAUGCAUCCAUAUCGGAUUGCUUUGUGUUCAAGAAAAUUACGCUAGUAGGCCAACCAUGAACUCUGUUGUUCUGAUGCUCAGUGAUAGUUCCAUGUCAAUUCCAAUGCCCUCCACACCUGCCUUUAUGCUCUCAGCCUCUACCGUGCAGUCAGAGGCAUCAUCAUCAUCAACAACAGAUCAUAAUUCAGAUCAAUGCAGUAGAAAUGAGGUUUCGAUUACUACACUAGAUCCUAGAUGAAACAUUAAGCAUGGAGGAUAUAUCUGAAU